AGGGGGCAGUCAAGACAGGAUCUCUGCAGGACAGCUGUAACUACCAGGAUGGUUUUCCUGGCAUCCACAUUGACAGCUGUGAGCUGAGCUGUUUGCUGAAUCUGGUGUCCCUGGACCAUUGCUUCUGCUGCCACUGCCGACCUUCUGAGUACUCAAUCAUGUCUCACCCUUCGUGGCUGCCCCCCAAGAGUACCAGUGAAUCCCUUGGUCACGCUCCUGCUCGGAUGGAGACAACACAUUCAUUUGGGACGCCCAGUAUCUCCGUGUCCAUGCAGCAGGCACCCAAGAAGUUUGCUCCAGUGGUCGCCCCAAAGCCAAAAUACAAUCCCUACAAGCCACCUGGUGCUGAAGGUGACUUUCCACCCCCUCCGACUCCCCCUCUGGAUGACAUUGGCAGUCUACCGUCUGGCUCUGGCUCCUUCCCUCCACCUCCACCACUCGAUGAAGGUGUUUUCAAUGUGCAGGUGAAUCCUGGAAGCAAGACCCUUGAAGAGCGUCGCUCCAGUUUGGAUGCAGAAAUUGACUCUUUGACCAGUAUCCUGGCAGACCUAGAAUGCAGCUCCCCUUACAAGCCGAGGCCCCAGCAGGGAGCCACCAUUCCCACGGCCUCGCCUCAAGUCUCCACACCGGUCACAGGGCACAAGCGCAUGGUCAUCCCCAACCAGCCACCUCUGACAGCCACGAAGAAGUCAACCUUGAAGCCCCAACCGCCAAGCCAGCCCUCUCCAAUCCCUGUGGCUCCCAUAGGAAUGCUGAAGCCCCAGCCUCAGCCUCAGCCUCAGCCUCAGCCAGUUCCGGCCUCCUAUACCACUGCAUCCACACCCUCCAGGCCCACAUUCAACGUCCAUGUGAAGUCGGCCCAGCCCAGCUCUCACUACAUGCCUGCCGUUUCACCUGGCCAGUACUACAGCUCCGGACCGAGCCAUGCGUAUGCUCCUCAGGCGCCUCCUGCUCCUGGGCCUACUCAUUAUGCCCCACCGCCAUCCCGGGGAGGCCCCGAAUAUGGCUAUGCUCCAUCACCUGGCCGUCAGCCAGAGCCUGCCUAUGGCUAUGCCCCCAAUCAAGGCCGGUACCAGGAUCCUUAUUACUCAGGCUAUGGGGGACGAAAUGGUUCUGAACCAGGUUACGGCCAGCAGAGUAGCUGGAAACCUGAGCCAAGUUACUCUCCUUCUCCAGCUGGUCCCCAGAAUCCUGCUGGGAUGUACCAACACCCAGAGGCCAAGAAGACCUACAUCACUGAUUCUGUUUUAGCUCCCCAAACCCCAGCACCCCAGCAGCCUAAGGGUGGCCACCCAGGUCCUGGGGCCCCUGCUUCUGGCCCAUCCUUCCGCCCAGAGGAUGAACUGGAACAUCUCACCAAGAAGAUGCUAUAUGACAUGGAGAAUCCUCCCUCUGAUGAAUACUUUGGUCGAUGUGCCCGCUGUGGUGAGAAUGUUGUUGGUGAAGGCACUGGCUGUACCGCCAUGGACCAAGUCUUCCAUGUGGACUGCUUCACCUGCGUCAUCUGCAGCACCAAGCUCCGUGGGCAGCCCUUCUAUGCUGUUGAGAAGAAGGCCUACUGUGAGCCCUGCUACAUAAACACCCUGGAGCAAUGCAACGUGUGUGCCAAGCCCAUCAUGGAGCGCAUCCUGCGUGCCACAGGGAAGGCAUACCAUCCUCACUGCUUUACCUGCGUCAUGUGUCGCCGUAGCUUGGAUGGGAUCCCAUUCACUGUGGAUGCCAGUGGGCACAUCCACUGCAUUGAGGAUUUCCACAAGAAAUUUGCCCCUCGAUGCUCUGUGUGCAAGGAACCGAUCAUGCCUGCCCCAGGUCAGGAGGAGACUGUCCGUAUCGUGGCCCUGGAUCGGGAUUUCCAUGUUCAGUGCUACCGAUGUGAGGAUUGCGGUGGCCUCCUGUCUGAAGGAGACAAUCAGGGGUGCUACCCGUUGGAUGGCCACAUCCUCUGCAAGACCUGCAACUCAGCCCGCAUCCGUGUCCUGACUGCCAAGGCCAGCACUGACCUCUGAGAAUUGUUGAUGUCCAUUGUAUCUGAAUGGGGGAGGGGAUAGGGAAGGAAAGGUAGGAGGAAGGCAGGGGUUGGAGGUGUGUCUCAGAGGUAUCACUUUGCAGUCGAGCAUGGCACCAUUCUAGGGGUGGAAAGGGCAGCAAAUAAGAGGAGGAGCCACCUUUGCCCAUGGGUUUCUUUGUUGACGUUUUUCCUAUCCCCCUCUCCUGGGAAGCACACUGAAUCCGCUGGCUUAUUGGUAGAUCUCACCAGAAGCACAAAACAACCCAGUUCACCAGGUCAGAUCCUGGCUGACCUUUCUGUACAAGGACUUCACUCGAGCACAUGGAUGAUUCUCUUCCAUCCCUUUCACUUUUUCAUUCCUGUAACUUUUCAUACUUCCAUUUGCCUGACUCGCCUUCUGGUUGAACAGCUUUUUAUAGCUUAGUAUUUUACUGUUGCAGAGUAUUUAUUCAGUGGGGAUACCAGCUUCUAGAAUCUCGAGUACGAAUGCACCAGCCCCUCGAUAAAGGGUGUUGGCUUCUUGGAGCUGGUGCUCACCAAGGCUAGACACUCUGUUGAUGUAUAUAGGAAAUUAUGUCUUUGUGUUUUACUAGAACUCUAAAACCAAUUAUGUGCCUUAAAAAAUCACAAAUGAUUUUUCACUAGAGUACAAAGAAUGUAACUAAUAUAUUACACAAUCAAAGCCUGGUUUGGAUGUGCCCUCUGGCAUUCCUCAGGCUAAAGCUGUAGUGGUCAUUGGCUAGGCUAUUUGAAAUGGCAAAAUCGCCAGUCCAGCUGGUCCAGCACUACCUGCAUUUUGUCAGAUUUUCAAUGGUUGAUAGACGUCUCAAGGGAACUGACUUGGGUUUCCUGAUUUCAUGAACCAAACCGAGCAUCUCACUGCAAAGUGGAGACAGGAGACCCAAAGAGCUUUCAAAGAGUUUGAGCUGGGUCUCAUGUUAUCUCUUAGCAUUCUUAUUUUUUUUUUUCAAUUAGGACUGUCCUUUUUAUCCGCAAUGCUCUGUCCGAGACAGCCUAGGGGCAUUUGACUCUUCCUGCUUUGAACCCAGUUAGGAUAGCUCCUUUCUUCUGGAGAAAUGCCGCCAUCUCCCCAUCCCCCGCAACCAUCUGCAGUGGACAGCAUCAUCCUCCUCAAGGCUGUGACGCAUCUUCUGCCAUUCUUAAACUUGCCCUUAUGGUUGCAAACCAGGACUCCAAAUGGUUGUCAAAUUUUAGUUGAUCAAUUCCAAAAAGAUAAGAAGGAGCAGGAGAGAACAUGGAGGAAAUCGUCGCUUUCAUUAAGAACUCAUUUUUAUCCAGUGGUUCUAGCAUUUUUUCCUCAUAUGCCAAGGAAGUCACUGACAAAAAUAAAAAAUGCAUAGCAUAUACAAGAUUAAUAAAAUACAUGUAUUAUAUAUACACAUAUGUAUGGCUAUACAUACACACACAUAUAUACAUGUGCAUGUAUUUUUUUUUCCUAGAUAAGAACCAAAGGACUUAAACUCAUAGUACUUGCUCCAACACAUCCCCAUUGACUAAAGACAAUUUUUUUUUUAUUUGGAAAAGAAGAUCUUGGGACUUGAAAUGUUUCAGUCAGUGGUAGAGCUCUGGCUUUUCAGUGGCGUGGACAAAGGGGAGAUAUUGUGUGUAGAUCUUACAGUGUGGGGUUCAUCCAGUGUCAUGGAGGUGGUUUGUCAUGGUCUUUUUGUGGGAUACUUUCUGAUACAUAUCAACCUCUAGUCUCUCACUUUUGGUCUUAAAGAGUUGGCUGUGACACUGAGGUGAUUGGAUCAGAGCUUAGCAAUUCCCCAGGGUCUUACUAGGAGGUGUCAGAGGCAGAAUUUUCUGAACCCAGGUCAUCUGCACUCCAAGGCUAACCCUCUACACUUCUACAGCCCUCUGGCUCUCUUCAUAAGCAUUACUUCUUUACAAAUAAGGUCCUUUUUCAUGCUUUUUUCCCCACUCUUUGUCAUAUUUUAAGAAAUUAGAAACAAAAGUUCUAGAUUCUAUCCACAAGAUCUCAAAAUUUAAAAAGUAAAAUUUAGUGGCCCACGCCUCCAUGCUGAGAGAUGAGUCCUUCUACAUUUUCUGAUUUUCUUAGUUGGAAUUCUCAGCCUUGCCUCAAGAAUGCUCGGUAUUUUCUGCAAAUGAAUUUUAUUCUAAUGGAACCUUCUGAAAUCUGUGAAAUUGGUCCAUUUUCCAGCCUGUUAUUCAGAGACCUCGUUUGGCAAUGAGUCACUAUAGCUUGUCUGAGUUAAUUUUGAGUUUGCUUGCUUGCCAGCAUCAUAAUGCCCAGUUCAAGAAGUCCCAGCAGAUAUGGAGCUAUCAUACGUUUCAACGACCACUGUCUUCAACACUUAAGCCACCCCCUUUACCUCAGUGCUCCAUCCUCUGCCCCUUCCAGCAUGGACCUCACAGUUUGGGCAAUAGGAACUCUGCUGGACUUGGACCACCUUGGGGCAGCAGGAGGAGUUUUGAAUACAGUGUCAAUGAGCAAACUCUCAGGAUUGAGCCUAAUAGAAAGCCAGACUGCCUUCAGCACUGAUUACUAGGAGAUAGGGGUGGUGCUUAAGAGUUAUAUACUGACAUGCAUUUCGUAGCUCAUUUUCCAGUGGGUAUGUCAGUGGCAAGAUAUUUUCCCUAGAUCAAAAAGCAAAGAGGCUGCCUCAGUGAGGAAUGAGCUUUGUCUUUUAUAAGUGACAAAGCUGAACCUCCCCCCUCCCCACCCAGAGUCAUGAUUAUCCAAAGACAAAGACUACACGCAUCUAUUUAUGCUAAUUGGAAAGGGAGCAAGUGGAUGCUGGCCAUCUUCACCAGGUCCCACUAGAAUUGAAUGUUCCCACACUCAUAUGCAGGCCUUCUGAAAACAAGGCUGUUCUGGCCUCCAGCCCCACAGCGUGACUCUUGGGUACCAGCACAGGACUGCUUUCUCACAAUCUUCAUAGUGUAUUUAUCACAUAACCUCCUAUAUCUUUGCCAAAGAUUUAAGAAGUAAAUCUGUUUUUAAUAUAGACUCUUAGAUUUUUGUAAUGAUAGAUGUGCACACUUUUCAUGACACAGAAAUAUUUAGAGUUUGUGUGUGUGUGUGUGUUUGUGUGUGUUUGGAUUUGCUUUCACAAGAAACAUAAAGGAUUUUAAAUUAGCUUAUUCCAGGUUUUUGUUCAUUUUUGUCUCUGAUUUUAUUUUCCUUCUUUGCCUUUGGCAGCAAUUAUUUCUUAUUAUGAAUGACAACUUCACCAGCAUGGGUCUUUGUGAUUGAGUUGCAUGAAAUUUUGUCUAUAUCAUGAUUUGCAAAGAUGAUACAGCCUUAAGGAUAGGAUUAUAUUCUGGUUUAAAAAACAAACAAACAAAAGAACACUGUCCUUACAUAUAAAUGCAUAAGCAAGGGAAAAGAUAGAUCAUCUCAGAUCGUCUAGGAACUAGAAUGUUUAAGAAAUAUAUUUGGUUUUAAUCAGUUCAUGUUGUCAACAUGGGGUAAUAUUUUGAAGUCUGGAAGACAUGGAAAAAAAUUGGGAAAAAAAUCUGAUGCAUUGUGUUCUAUGCAGAUGACAAUAUUUUUUUUAUGAGAAUGAUUAAUUGUCUGAAGUCCCAGUAUGUGCCAGUGGGUAUGAGGACUCAUCUGGUAGUGGGCCUGUCCUUUAACAGAUAAAAGCCAUUUGUACAUUCCAACCUAAGACAAAGUACUGAGAAACUCUGUUUCUCUGAAACAUCAAGCUCUGGGUUGUUUUUGUUUUUCCUUUCCUUCUCUAUGUCAUUAAUGUGUUAUCAUGGUAUUUGUAUGUAUGUAUGUGUGUAUGUAUCAGAGGAGGAGGGAGAGAAGCUGAAGUAACCCGAAGCAGUUUCUUAAAGUAACUGCUAAAAAGUUAUUAACACUAGACAUAUCUUCUAGCCAAGAGAGAUGCUGCAUAUGAUUUGUGGUUGACAUUCAAAGUUUCUAGUCAGAGUUUCUAGAACUUUUUGUAAUUCUCUAAGGAUGAGGUGUGAGGUGAAAGCAUUUACUUCAGGUGUCUGUGAGCUGACAGCAAAUAAAGGAAGAAAGAAUGGAAAUUUGGAGAGCAGAGCUUCUUGACUGGCUCUGGGUUUCUUAGUUAGUCAAAAUCCUAUUAACCUGAACCUACAAAGAGAAGCAGUGUUCUUUCUCGAGAUUACAGUGGAGUGAUCUUGAUGACGUCAGCUUCUGUGUCAAUGGCCUCAUGGUUCCUCCAUUAUCAAGUCAUGAAGGGUGUUAGGGAAAUGUUGGCAGCCACUACUGAGGUCAUGGAAACACUAGUGUGACCUCCCAGCCUCAUGUCUUUCCUCCUGACUUCUUAAGGCAUGUUUGCUUUUUCUUUCUUUUUUUAAAGGCAUUUCUAGAAAUAUUUCUCUUCUACCUUAGUAUUUCACAUUUGUCAUCUAAACAAUUGCUCACCCAUCUGUUGCCUGGAGCUAUGAUACAUGUGUGUUGCCAGUGAAAUGUGACAGAGUGUUCCAUGUGCACCCAUUUUAGACAUUUGGACUUUGGGGGUGGGGAAGAAGCCUGCUGGAAAGGAAAUGACCCUGUAGAAUGUACCAGUAGCAAAUCAAGAGGGCAGAGCUCUUGGUGAACUUUUAAUGGAAAAGAUCACAGACACAAGGUUAAUUUUCACCUCAUUUUUAGUUAAGGAAUUGACUUGACAACCCACCAAUGAAUUUGUGAGAGCAGGAAAAUGUUGCAAAACCAAAAAUAAAUUCAUUAGAAAGACAAGAGCAAAAUUCAGAAAUGUAAAGGGCUCUUUCUCUUUGGCAGAAUCUCAUUGUGUUUCUUUCCUUAAAGUCUAUCCCUCUUGCACAGUUUUUGGCUGAGUCUCAUGAAUCAGGAAGUGUCUUGUUAAUCCCUAAAUCAUGAUGAACAUUUCAGAACACAAAGGAUGAUUUAUGGCCUGGGGUGAGCAUUUGUGGUUUGACCUCAUUCUGGUAUUAGUCAACCAUGAUGAUAAUAAAGACAAACACUUCACACUUGUGGCCUCUGACUUCCAUUAAGCAUCUCCAUUCUGAACAUUGUCUUUGGACAUCCUAUCAAAAUUAAUGCAGAAAUGAAAUUAAUGCUGCGGCUAAGUUGGGAAUCGUAAGCAUGAGUCAGGGGUAAGGUAUGGCUGUGAACAUUUCAGUUUAAAUUAUUUACUCAAUGAAUCAGUGGAAUAAGACUCUCCAUCACCCCCACCACCCAUUGGCUGGAAUUUUAUUUCUAGACUUUUUAAAUCUUCAACUAGAAACUGCUGUGAAUAAGUAGAAAUCAUUUCCUUUCUGUAAUUUAGGGUUUCAUUGAGUCUUUCACUUUACUUUGCUAUUUGCCUGAAAUUGUGGGUUCAUUGUCAUAGGAACUCUGUUUAUCCCUCUCAAAGCCCUAUGUCAUCCUAUAGUACUCAGCCUUGUAUUUCAAAAACUUGUCCAAAGAUGAAUCACCCAACCCCCCAGAGGCCUUGCUCUGCUUGUUUGAAUGUUGAGACUUCCCAUAAUUCAUAUCACCUGGCCGUCUCUUUGCUUCUUGCAUUCUUGCUACCUCCAUGGCUCAUCUUCUUUUCCAAGCACACACAGUCCUUCUCACUUUGGGUGUGCCACUUGACGUGUCCAAGUCACUAUUGGGCAAAUGGAUCUACUGGGGGCCUUGGCCUUUCCCUUUCAGCAAGCUGCCAUUUGGAUCUUCAUGUGAUUUGUGACACUGGAAAAUUGUUGGUAUUCAAGAGAUGGGCUUUGGAGGCAAGGAUAGUCUUGGAGGACUGAAAACUUGACACAUUUGGUCAAAUGUAAUACAGCACUCACCACCUUCUCCUUCUCAAGCUCCUUUUUCAUUAUGGCGCCUGUCAAAGAUAGACAUUUCAGUGAACUGAUUGGAAAGGCCAACAGUCCAGUCAGUGGUCAGUAAAUCACUCAGUAAGCAUUUAUUAAAUGCUUACUAUAUGCCAA